GGGGAGGCCGGCCUGUGCGCAAAAUGGGAUUGAUUGGCUGCCUCGAAUUCGAGGCUGCCAAAAAACUUUUAGGGUUGCUGUUUGGCACACCAGAAAUCCCGAAUGUCGCUGCAAAAAAGCUCCCCGCAUCCGGAGAAAAAACUGUCGACUUGACCUGAAGUCCUCGACAGUCCACGACAGCAACAUCCUACUUCUCGAUACGACAACUUCAAAAUGGCUGAUCGAGGAACCAGUGCCCCGCGCGGCGGCGGCUUUGCUGCCCGUGGAGACCGUGGCGGUGACCGUGGCGGUCGUGGAGAUCGCGGCCGCGGCCGUGGUGGACGUCGCGGUGGACGCCGUGGUGGAAAGAGCGAGGAGAAGGAGUGGCAGCCCGUGACCAAGCUCGGCCGCCUGGUGAAGGCCGGCAAGAUCAAGAGCAUGGAGGAGAUCUACCUGCACUCGCUCCCCAUUAAGGAGUACCAGAUUGUCGACUUCUUCCUGCCCAAGCUCAAGGACGAGGUCAUGAAGAUCAAGCCCGUCCAGAAGCAGACCCGGGCCGGUCAGCGGACCCGGUUCAAGGCCAUUGUCAUCAUUGGCGACUCCGAGGGCCACGUCGGUCUCGGAAUCAAGACCUCGAAGGAAGUCGCGACUGCUAUCCGCGCUGCCAUCAUUAUCGCCAAGCUCAGCGUCAUCCCCGUGAGACGAGGAUACUGGGGCGCCAACCUCGGUCUCCCCCACUCUCUGCCCACCAAGGAGAGCGGCAAGUGCGGUUCCGUCACCGUCCGCCUUAUCCCCGCCCCCCGCGGUACCUCUCUCGUCGCUUCGCCCGCCGUUAAGCGUCUGCUCCAGCUUGCCGGUAUCGAAGAUGCCUACACAUCCUCUUCCGGCUCCACCAAGACCCUCGAGAACACCCUGAAGGCUACCUUCGCCGCUGUCUCCAACACCUACGGUUUCCUUACUCCCAAUCUGUGGAAGGAGACCAAGCUGAUCCGCAGUCCUCUUGAGGAGUUCGCUGACAGCUUGAGAGAUGGCAAGCGGUAUGCCAACUAAGGUGCUGAAUGAGGGUGGUGCUCAACAGCAGGGAUGGUACUUUUGGGCGUCUGCGGAUCUUUACUUCCAUGGGCUCCGGCAAAUGGCAUGGAUUGAGGCUGUCAAAAACUAGCACGACCAGCCUGGAUC